CCGAACCCGACGUACUCAUCAACUUCUUUUUUUUUUACUGCCCCCGACCCCUCCCCCAAUUUGAAACCGUUCUCCUAUACGUCCAAUACUCCUUUGGUAAAUUUUGCCAAGCUAGAAACAACUUAUUUUGUUUUCUUCUUUCCUCACUUUUCCCUCUCUCAACUCCAAUCUAUCCUCACAUACUUCCCACACCUCUAUCUCUUAAUCUGGGGUUGACUUCCCUUACUCUUAACACUCUCAUUACCCCCCCAUUAUACUACUCAGUCAAUUAGUUCUCACACCCCUCUUGAUCCUCUCCUCGAUAUCUCUCUCUAGACCUCUACCCCUCCAAUAUGUCCGCCAAGUCGAUUCUCGAAGCUGAUGGCAAGGCCAUCCUUAACUACCACCUCACUCGUGCUCCCGUCAUCAAGCCGACUCCUCUUCCUCCCUCUUCCACCCACAACCCUCCCCCUCGUCUCGCCUCUCUCUACUUCCCUGAAGACCGUGCCGUCAAGGAUGUCCUCGACCAGGCCGAAGUGACCUACCCGUGGUUGUUGGCCUCCGGUGCUAAGUUCGUUGCUAAGCCCGAUCAAUUGAUCAAGAGACGUGGCAAGAGCGGUUUGCUGGCUCUGAACAAGACCUGGGCUGAAGCCAGGGAAUGGAUUGAGGCUCGCGCCACCAAGGACGUCCAGGUUGAGACCGUCACUGGCGUUCUCCGUCAGUUCCUGGUUGAGCCUUUCGUUCCUCACCCUCAGGAAACUGAGUACUACAUCAACAUCCACUCCGUGCGUGAGGGUGACUGGAUCCUCUUCACCCACGAGGGUGGUGUCGAUGUUGGUGAUGUUGACGCCAAGGCCGAGAAACUGCUUAUUCCCGUCAAUCUGAAGAACUAUCCCUCAAACGAGGAGAUUGCCGCUACUCUCCUGAAGAAGGUGCCCAGCGGUGUUCACAACGUGCUUGUGGACUUCAUCUCCCGCCUCUACGCCGUCUAUGUCGACUGCCAGUUCACCUACCUUGAGAUCAACCCUCUCGUGGUCAUCCCCAACGCUGAUGCCACUUCCGCUGACGUUCACUUCCUGGAUCUGGCUGCCAAGCUGGACCAGACCGCUGAGUUUGAGUGCGGUACCAAGUGGGCUAUUGCUCGCAGCCCUACUAACCUGGGUCUGGCCGUCGCUCCCCAGGAGGGCAAGGUCAACAUUGACGCUGGUCCCCCCAUGGAGUUCCCUGCUCCUUUCGGUCGUGAGCUGAGCAAGGAGGAGAAGUUCAUCUCUGAGUUGGAUGCCAAGACCGGUGCCUCCCUCAAGCUCACUGUCCUCAACCCCAAGGGCCGUAUCUGGACCCUCGUUGCUGGUGGUGGUGCCUCCGUCGUGUAUGCCGAUGCCAUUGCCUCAGCUGGCUUCGUCAGUGAGCUCGCCAACUACGGUGAGUACUCCGGUGCUCCCACCGAGACUCAGACCUACAAUUACGCUCAUACCGUCCUCGACCUGAUGCUGCGUGCCCCUACCCACCCUGACGGCAAGGUUCUCUUCAUCGGUGGUGGUAUUGCCAACUUCACCAAUGUCGCCUCGACCUUCAAGGGCGUCAUCCGUGCCCUGCGUGAGGUUGCCCCUGUCCUGAACGACCACAAGGUCCAAAUCUGGGUCCGUCGUGCUGGUCCUAACUACCAGGAGGGUCUCCGGAACAUCAAGUCCGUCGGUAACGAGCUGGGCCUUGACAUGCACGUCUACGGUCCCGAGAUGCACGUCAGUGGUAUCGUCCCUCUUGCUCUUCUGGGCAAGAAGACUGAUAUCAAGGAGUUCGCGGCUUAAAGAAUUUUUCCCCUUUCAUAUUUUCCUUUGAUUCUACUUAAUUUAAUCUUACGUGUGCAUUUCGUUUCUGAACGCAUGGCAUGAUAUGGUUUCAUUUCAUUUAUAUCUUUUUUUUUCCUCCUAUGGGCAAAGAGCGAGCAGUUGGACAAAACCUAGAUCCGGUGAUCGGGUCCAGGAGACGGAAUAUCCAGUGUAUGAAGUUGAAGUUUAGACUUGGUCUUGCAGGACAUGAGAUACAUGAUUCUGCGAUGUUAGACGUUAAUAAGACACGAUUAUCGACGUUACAAAAAUCCCUCACAGUAAAUACCCUACAUAAAGCCAGUAUGGAAAUAGAACUAGC